UCUCUUUCUGCAUCAUUUGAAAUCCUGGCAGGGAAGGAGGGACUAAAUACUGAUGUUACAAAUUGUAACAACUUCUCCACAGCUUACAGACAGCAUGCAGGAACUACAUAACCCACAAUGCAUUAUCCAAAGAAUAGUGGUUGAAUCAAAACCGCUUCAGGCAGUAAUUUUAAACUGCAAUGUGUUUAUUUAGCAGUGUAGGCAAACUACCGUAUAUACUCGAGUAUAAGCCGAGUUUUUCAGCACCCAAAAUGUGCUGAAAAAAUCUACCUCGGCUUAUACUCGAGUCAGUAAAAAAAAAAACCCUCUGGUAGAUGAUGUACCGGUAUUUUGAAGACCGCUGCCUUACCGGUAAAUUUGCAGCUACGCUACGUUGAAUCUCAGCACAAGGGGGCGAGAGGGGAGGAGGCGCCGCCGUGAGUGAUGCAUGCUGGGAGCUUGAGGCUCAGCAUGCACUUCCAUGAUCCCACGGAGUGAAGUAACCGUCCCUCCCUCCGCCCGUGUCACUACCAAUACUGCCGCCGCCUCCCUGAGACGAUGUGAGUGGCUGGCAGGAGGCGAGAAAUUGCAGGCUCCCAGUACCCUGGAGGAUGGACGGAAAAUACCUGACCCCCACCUUUAAUGACCCGCUGGUUCCUGCGUUCCCCGCUGCCAGGGCCUAUGAACAGAGCACCGCCUGGAUCGCCUGGAGCGCUGCCUGGAUCAAACACAGCUCUGUUGCCUUCACUCCAAGCAGAUAGAGAGGCACCCACACCAUGGCUUCCAAAGCUGAAGGAAAGAGAGCCUCAGUGGCCAGCAUGACAAGCCUAGGGAAAAGAGACAGUCUGGAGAAACCCUUACAGCCUUCUAUUAGAGGGAAAGCCUCCUUGGGCAAAGUAUCCUUCAGCAACCAGCCAUCCUGGAGCCUGACUGGGCUUCUCGCUGCUCAGAGGAUGACCAAGAAUCUAAAGGAGAAAAGAGCAUUGAAAGGAUUGAAAAAGACAGAGAUAGUGGAGCCCCAGCCUCCCUCUUUUGCCUCACGUCCCACUGAGAAGAUUCAGGUGACUGCCAUGAAACAGGUGCUGGAGAGUUAUCUCCCCGAGAGACUUGGAACAAUCACCUACAACCCAGCCAGCGCCCCGUCCCUGGUGAAGGAAGUCAGCGAAGAGGUCAAGGGUCGUGUAAAACGGGUGCUGCCCCCUCGCUACAAAGCUUUGUGUGUAGUGACCUUGGGAGAAAGAGGGCAGGAGGACAUCAAAGUGGUGAGCCGCUGCCUGUGGGACUCACAUUCUGAUAGCUAUGUGGCUCAUGUGUAUGAGAAUUCAAGCCUCUUCUGUGUUGUAGCUGUGUAUGCUGUAUACUGUGAGUGACACAAUGGCUGGCACCUCAAAUUCACUCUUAUUUCCUUUAGUCAGACAUGGUGGUACAAGUAUUGGGCAUUCUUCAUUAUAGGCUGGGGUGCAAUACCAACAAAGUCCUAAACUGGCCAUAUAAUGAAGUUUUCUCCAUUAGCUGUCAAUUAAAGGCAGAGUGAUAUAGUGUUAUGGCAGCUGGGGGUGGGUCUUAAAGAAGAAAAAAAACCCUACCCCCCUACCCCACAUAGACCCCCUCCCUCCUCCCCCAGCCUAGCUGCUACCCCGGGCAAAUGCCCCUAACUUUUUACUUACCCUACAGUGUAGAUUCAGGGAUCGGAGUUCACGGCAGCCAUCUUCCAGGUCUUUGUGUCAAUUUCCAUCAAAUUGUGUCGAUUUCUGUCAAUUUUGGCACAUGCGCAGUUGUCGCAAACUAGGAGAUUUCUCCAACUGAGCAUGCGCCACCACUCAGGUUUCAGUCUCAGAAGACUCAGAAGAUGGUGCCCGUGAACUGCGAUCCCUGAAUCUGCACCAAGCAGUAAGUAAAAAGUUAGGAGCAUUUG